AUGGACGUAGAGCAUUUUGGAGGUAUGAGAGAACAAGUGAAGCGAGCUGGCGGGCGAAUUACCCAACCUUACGUUGGCGGUGUGAUAACUGUUCAUGUUCGCGGACAGCAGAAUUCAGAGUGCUUGCCUCCGUGGCCGCCGUGCCCACCGCCGAUACCACCACCGAUAUUACCAUCGUGCCCACCAUCCCCAACAGUCUAUCCACCCUUUUACUGCUGCCCAAGGAGCAAAUAUGACGUAAAAUUCAUAUACAUCAAUGACACUCCUCCAAAAACAGGAUUUAGGGACUUCGUCGACCGAGCAUCGCAAACGCUGUUCUGGACAGAGCUAAUUCGAGGUUUUGCUGUAACUUUGUCACAUAUAUUUUGUGAGCCAGCUACAAUAAACUAUCCAUUCGAGAAGGGUCCGUUGUCUCCUCGGUUCAGGGGAGAGCAUGCUCUGCGGAGGUAUCCUUCGGGUGAAGAGCGUUGUAUCGCCUGCAAGUUAUGUGAAGCUUUGUGUCCGGCACAGGCGAUCACUAUCGAGUCCGAGCAGCGUGAGGACGGGUCCCGGCGCGCCGUGCGGUACGACAUCGACCUGAAUAAGUGCAUCUUCUGCGGCUACUGCCAGGAAGCGUGCCCCGUCGACGCUAUAGUGGAAGGACCCAACUUUGAAUACAGCACGUUCACGCGUGAAGAGCUGUUUUAUAAUAAAGAAAAGCUGCUGACAAACGGCGACCGCUGGGAACCAGAAAUAGCGAGUAAUAUCAGAGACAACCAUUUAUACCGUUAG